AUGAGGCCUCCCUGGUAUCCCCUGCAUACACCUUCCCUGGCUUCUCCGCUCCUCUUCCUCCUCCUCUCCCUCCUGGGAGGAGGGGCAAGGGCUGAGGGCAGGGAAGACCCGCAGCUGCUGGUGAGGGUUCGAGGGGGCCAGCUGAGGGGCAUCCGCCUGAAGGCCCCUGGAGGCCCAGUCUCAGCUUUUCUGGGCAUCCCCUUUGCAGAGCCACCUGUGGGCUCACGUAGAUUUAUGCCACCAGAGCCCAAGCGGCCCUGGUCAGGCGUGUUGGAUGCUACCGCCUUCCAAAAUGUCUGCUACCAAUACGUGGACACCCUGUACCCUGGGUUUGAGGGUACUGAGAUGUGGAACCCCAACCGAGAGCUGAGUGAAGACUGCCUGUAUCUUAAUGUGUGGACACCAUACCCCAGGCCUACUUCUCCCACACCUGUCCUCAUCUGGAUCUAUGGGGGUGGUUUCUACAGUGGAGCAUCCUCCUUGGACGUGUAUGACGGCCGGUUCCUGGCCCAGGUUGAGGGAACCGUGUUGGUAUCUAUGAACUACCGAGUGGGAACCUUUGGCUUCUUGGCCCUACCAGGAAGCAGAGAAGCCCCUGGCAAUGUAGGUCUGCUGGAUCAACGGCUUGCCUUGCAAUGGGUGCAAGAAAAUAUUGCAGCCUUUGGGGGAGACCCGAUGUCAGUGACUCUGUUUGGGGAGAGUGCAGGUGCAGCCUCCGUGGGCAUGCACAUCCUGUCCCUGCCUAGCAGGAGCCUCUUCCACAGGGCUGUCCUCCAGAGUGGCACACCCAACGGGCCCUGGGCCACUGUGAGUGCGGGAGAGGCCAGGCGCAGGGCCACGCUGUUGGCCCGCCUUGUGGGCUGUCCCCCAGGUGGUGCUGGUGGCAAUGACACUGAGCUGAUAGCCUGCUUGAGGACAAGGCCCGCUCAGGACCUGGUGGACCAUGAGUGGCACGUACUUCCUCAGGAAAGUAUCUUCCGAUUUUCCUUCGUGCCUGUGGUGGACGGGGACUUCCUCAGUGACACGCCGGAGGCCCUCAUCAACACUGGAGAUUUUCAAGACCUGCAGGUGCUGGUGGGUGUGGUGAAGGACGAGGGCUCCUACUUUCUGGUUUACGGGGUCCCAGGCUUCAGCAAAGACAAUGAAUCUCUCAUCAGCCGGGCCCAGUUCCUGGCUGGAGUGCGGAUCGGUGUGCCCCAAGCAAGUGACCUGGCGGCCGAGGCUGUGGUCUUGCAUUACACAGACUGGCUGCACCCUGAGGACCCUGCCCACCUGAGAGACGCCAUGAGUGCUGUGGUAGGCGACCACAACGUUGUGUGCCCUGUGGCCCAGCUGGCUGGGCGACUGGCUGCCCAAGGGGCCCGGGUCUAUGCCUACGUCUUUGAACACCGUGCCUCCACAUUGACUUGGCCCCUCUGGAUGGGGGUACCCCAUGGCUAUGAAAUCGAGUUCAUCUUUGGGCUCCCCCUGGAUCCCUCUCUGAACUAUACCAUGGAGGAGAGAAUCUUUGCUCAGCGACUUAUGAAAUACUGGACCAAUUUUGCCCGCACAGGGGACCCCAACGACCCUCGAGACUCCAAGUCUCCACAGUGGCCACCGUACACCACUGCCGCGCAGCAGUAUGUGAGCCUGAACCUGAAGCCUUUGGAGGUGCGGCGGGGACUGCGCGCCCAGACCUGCGCCUUCUGGAAUCGCUUUCUCCCCAAAUUGCUCAGCGCCACCGCCACGGAGGCUCCCUGCACCUGCCCAAGCCCCGCCCAUGGGGAGGCUGCCCCGAGGCCCGACUUAUCCCUGUCCCUUCUCUGCUUCCUUUUUCUCUUCCACUCCGGGCUUCCGUGGCUCUAACUACAACCCUUUCCCCUUCUGGCCUCAGAGCACACUCAGUCUAGUGUGUGGCUGAGAAGAAGGGGCCCCUCUCAGGGAUACAGCACCCCACGCCAUUCUCAAGACAAACUGGACAGACUCAGGGACCUUUGUUUAAACAAAAAUUAAAAAAACAAGGGUUUUUUUUUUUAAUGUAAAAAUUACCCUUUGGAGCUUGAGCCUGGUGUUGAGGGGGAAAGAAUCCAGGACUAGUCGGCGCCAGCCAAUGGGCCUGUAUCUUCUCUCUUUUCCCCAACAACCCAUGGACCCUCCUCCCAUUUUGAUCCUGUCCCUCCCCUCAUCUUCCGGUGGUUUUUCUCCUCUCUCCUUCCUGCUACACUUCACCUCUACCUUCACUCUCCGGAUCAUCCACUGGUCUCUUUCCACCACCCUACUCGGCCUCCGACAAUGCGGGUAUGCCGGCGCACUCACGACCGAUCUCCACUACCCGACCUGUUCCGUUUCUUCCUCCCACUCCUGCGGGGUGCCCUGGCCGCAGAUACGCUGGACGAGGCGGAGCGCCAGUGGAAGGCCGAGUUCCACCGCUGGAGCUCCUAUAUGGUGCACUGGAAGAAUCAGUUCGACCACUAUAGCAAGCAGGAGCGCUGCUCAGA